GUAGACAAGGGGGAAAAUAAAGACUGAUUUUACGCUUUGUUGCUUUCACUUAAACCCUAAAUCUCUCCGUCUCGAUCGCAACCUCUGUUUCUUUCGCAAUGGCGGAUUCUCCUCGAAGAAGGGAUUCACGAUCUCCUUCACCCCGAAAAGAACGAGCUAGAUCCAGGUCCAGGUCUAGAUCCAGAUCCAGGCUUAGGUCCAGGUCAAGAUCUUUGCCAAGGCCUAUAUCUCCAUCAAGAAGCCGCGGAAGGUCAAGGUCAAGAAGCCGCGGAAGAAGUGAAGUUGAAAACCCUGGUACCACUCUCUAUGUAACUGGCCUAUCUACAAGAGUCACUGACAAGGAUCUUGAAGCACAUUUCGCCAAGGAAGGAAAGGUUGCGUCUUGUUUUCUUGUGAUGGAGCCGCGCACCCGUGUGUCUCGUGGUUUUGCCUUUGUUACAAUGGAUAGCGUUAAAGAUGCUGAGCGGUGCAUUAAAUAUCUCAACCAGUCUGUUCUAGAAGGCCGAUACAUAACUGUCGAAAGGAAAAUAUUGCAUCAAGCAACAAUCAGAGAUGAUAAGAGUACUCAUCCUUGCUCAACAUCAUUAACUCCAGAGACAGCGAUCGAGAUGGCCGUAGCAGUCGAGGGAGGCACUAUGAUCGUGAUGAUUAUAGAGACCGUAGGUCACCAAGACGCGACUAUUCACCUCGUGAUGAAAGAAGGUCUAGAAGAGAUCGGUCUUACUCUCCUCAUGGAAGAAGCCCAGAAAGAAGAUCAGAGAGAAGGUCGGAGAGGUCAGAGAGAAGGUUGUGUAAUUGAUCAUCCUUAAAAUAGCACAAAGAUUCUGUCAGGCGACGCUUUGGGUUUCAUGUCUUUUCUGUUGUUAACGUUUUAUUCUGUCGGAACUCUGUGAAGUGAAAACUACAACCUGUAAUACCUUUUCUGUUCUGUCUCUAUUCUCUACUUGUUAUUGAAUGAAUCACAAUAUCUUUU